AUAUCCGCGACGACUGCCCUAGGCGGUAUGAUGCAACGCCUCAGUCAAGGAAGCCCUGUGUGCACGUUGAGGUGACCAGGCGGCGGUGGUGCGGUGUCGAUGUCCUCGGAGGUGAUCAGGGCGACUGCAGGGAUGGUACUCGAGCUGUAUGUCUCUGACCGAGAAGGAAAUGAUGCAACAGGGGAUGGAACCAAGGAGAAGCCAUUUAAAACCGGCCUGAAGGCUUUGAUGACAGUCGGGAAGGAGCCGUUUCCCACCAUUUAUGUGGAUUCACAAAAGGAAAAUGAGAGGUGGGAUGUCAUUUCUAAGUCACAGAUGAAGAACAUUAAAAAGAUGUGGCACAGAGAACAGAUGAAGAAUGACUCUCGGGAGAAGAAAGAGGCAGAAGAUAACUUACGAAGAGAAAAGAACCUGGAGGAAGCAAAGAAAAUUAUCAUUAAAAAUGACCCAAGCCUGCCAGAGCCAGCCUGUGUAAAGAUUUGUGCAUUAGAAGGAUAUAGAGGCCAAAGAGUGAAGGUGUUUGGCUGGGUCCACAGGUUGCGUAGGCAAGGAAAGAAUUUGAUGUUUCUGGUGUUGCGAGAUGGUACGGGCUACCUGCAGUGUGUCUUGUCAGAUGACUUGUGCCAGUGUUACAAUGGAGUCGUCUUGUCCACUGAGAGCAGUGUGGCGGUAUACGGAACACUAAACCUGACUCCAAAGGGCAAGCAGGCUCCGGGAGGCCACGAGCUGAGCUGUGACUUCUGGGAACUGGUGGGGCUGGCCCCAGCUGGAGGGGCUGAUAACCUGAUCAACGAGGAGUCUGAUGUCGAUGUCCAGCUCAACAACCGGCACAUGAUGAUCCGCGGAGAGAACAUGUCCAAAAUCUUGAAGGCACGGUCCAUGAUCACCAGGUGCUUUAGGGAUCACUUCUUCGACAGGGGCUACUGUGAAGUUACCACCCCGACGCUGGUGCAGACGCAGGUGGAAGGCGGGGCCACACUCUUCAAGCUUGACUAUUUUGGGGAGGAAGCGUUUUUGACCCAGUCCUCGCAGCUGUACCUGGAGACCUGCCUUCCGGCCCUGGGGGAUGUUUUCUGUAUAGCCCAGUCCUACAGGGCCGAACAGUCCAGAACACGAAGGCACCUGGCCGAAUUCACGCACGUGGAAGCCGAGUGCCCCUUCCUGACCUUUGAGGACCUCCUGAACCGUUUGGAGGACCUGGUGUGCGAUGUGGUGGACAGAGUCUUGAAGUCACCAGUGGCGAGCAUAGUGUACGACCUCAACCCGAAUUUUAAACCUCCUAAACGGCCUUUCAGACGAAUGAACUAUUCAGAUGCUAUUGAGUGAUUGAGGGAACACGAUGUAAAGAAGGAGGACGGGACGCUCUAUGAGUUUGGAGACGAUAUUCCUGAAGCUCCUGAGAGACUGAUGACAGACACCAUUAAUGAACCGAUCCUGCUGUGUCGAUUUCCAGUGGAGAUCAAGUCCUUCUAUAUGCAGCGAUGUCCUGAGGAUCCUCGGCUCACUGAAUCUGUUGAUGUGUUGAUGCCCAAUGUUGGUGAGAUUGUGGGCGGCUCGAUGCGCUCUUGGGAUAGUGAAGAAAUUCUGGAAGGCUACAAAAGGGAAGGAAUUGACCCUGCUCCUUAUUACUGGUAUACAGAUCAGAGAAAAUAUGGUACAUGUCCUCAUGGCGGCUAUGGCCUGGGCCUGGAAAGAUUCCUAAGUUGGAUUCUGAACAGAUAUCACAUCCGAGAUGUGUGCUUGUACCCUCGAUUCGUCCAACGCUGCAGACCAUAACCAAGUGGCCCUGAAGCAUGAAGGAAGAGAAAUGUUCAUGAAAAGAUAAGACUGCUUCUGCAAAAGAACAAAAAUCCGAAACAUCCCUUCAUUUCCUAUUGGGCUAGUAGCUUUUUCUGUCUUUAUGUGUUUUCUUCCCAUGACCAUAAAAGAAGUAGAGAUGUGGCUUGAAUACAAAGUGACAUUGGUGUCCCUUUAAUAAAAGUGCUCAUUACAGAGUU